GUGGGCAGCUUGAGUGGAGAUGUUCUCAUAUACACGGGCUUCUUGUCAUACUCUGGGCCCUUCAAUCAAUUAUUCAGGAACAAACUUAUCCACAACUGGCAUCAGGACAUAUUUGGGAGAAGAAUCCCUACUACCAAAAACUUACACAUAGUUGACGGACUGGUGGACACUACAACAGUGAGUUGUGUUACUAGCCUGGGGGGUGGGGCUUGUUGAUGGUCUGGUGGACAUUACAACAGUGAGUUUUCUUACUGGCCUGGGGCUUGCUGUAUUUACCUUCUUCAUGAGUAAUAAGAAAUUUUGUAUACACUUGAAACUUUUCCUCGAAAUUCCUGUGCUUUUAGUUUGCCAUAAGGUGGACAUGGAAACAACUCAAAAGAUUUCAAAUUGUGGCCAGCAAAUAAAUAAUAUUAGAAAUGUUCAAACAUAAGCUACUUGAUUGUUCUGUCAUAUUUGACUUUGGGAAGUUCAAUAUUUGAAAAAGGCUUUAUGAUAAUAUGAAAUCUAAUAAACUUUUAUACAGCUCAAGACCUAUCUGGCCACAUAAAUAGAUGUGUUCACUAUUUGACUGAUUCGUUCAAUUGAUGGUUGUUAUGUUCACCAGUUUUGUGAUGUUUUUACUAGCAGCAAAAAAAAUAUAUUAACUUUUCUUUGUCGCCUCCAGAUAUCUGGCUGGCAUAUAGAGGGACUCCCCAAUGAUGAGCUCUCUGUCCAAAAUGGCAUCAUCACAACAAUGGCAACUCGCUACCCAUUGAUCAUAGAUCCACAGGGGCAGGCCAAAACAUGGAUCAAAAGCAGGGAAAAACAAAGGCAGCUUCAGGUAUGUGUAUUGCUAGCAUCUGAUUCAACUAAUUGGCAUCUGCAAGCUGAGUGGCAAACCAGCUAGAGACUAAACUGGGGAAAAGAUUAGGAACAUAAACUGUGUAUAAUAAACCAAAAUUACAAAUUUAGAAUCUAUAAAUUUCCUUGUCAAUCUUUAAUUUAUGUUAAUUUUUAAAAAAAAAAUUAUCAUAUCUGUUCAGUUUAUAUUUACUCACUUAUAAAGUCUUUGUUUUUGUCUUUUUUAGUUUACAUGUCUUAUUUAUCUCAUUUUUUUGUGUGUUCGAGUUUUGUGAACAUUUUAAAAAAUGUGUUUACGAUUUAUUAUAAAGUAAUGUAUGGUGCUAUAGCAAUGACCAUCUAUUGAAUUAAUAAUUAAUUGUUCAUAUGUUCUAAUAAAUUUACAUACUAUGUUGGAAUAAACUGUUGAAUUGUAAAAAAUGUAUAAAGUUAUGCAUUCACAAUACUCACAAUUUUAUUUAUCUAUAUAUAAACAGACUUUAACUUAAAAUUUUUCCAAUAUUUUAGGUAACAUCCUUGAACCUUAAGUACUUUCGCCAGCACCUUGAAGAUGCCUUAUCCUUGGGCCGACCCCUACUCAUUGAGGAUGUUGGAGAGGAUCUUGACCCAGCCCUUGACAAUAUUUUGGAGAAAAACUUUAUCAAAUCAGGCUCAAUGUUGAAGGUA